UGUGGAUCCAGUUACUCCCCGCUGACUAGAAGCAGGCCAAAGCAUGGGACGACGGUCGGAGCAGUGAAGCAGCCAGGCUGAGGACGGGGACAAAGCAGCGCCAGCUCGGUUCACUUCAGACUGCACUAACGCCAUCAGCAUCAGUGUAAUCUCAUUAUCAUCAUCAUCAGCAGCAGCAGCAACAGCGUGCAGGUUCUUCGUGGUGGUGAGAGGCGACGCCAGGCUGACUCAGGAUCAGCCCAUGCCGGAGGAUGGAGAUAGAGAAGAGGACGAAUGGGUUUGACUACCCGGAGAGAAAUAACGCCAAGUCCGUUAACGGCUUUUACAGUGACCAUCCAUUGGAGUCUGAACAGAGGGACAGCAUGGAUGUCAUCAAUGAAAGUAAUCUAGAUGAUCCAGCUGACCAGCGUACUUGUCUUAUCUGUGGAGAUCGUGCCACAGGCCUGCACUAUGGCAUCAUCUCCUGUGAAGGCUGCAAGGGCUUCUUCAAGCGCAGCAUCUGCAACAAGCGUGUGUACCGCUGCAGCCGUGACAAAAACUGUGAGAUGUCGCGUAAGCAGCGCAACCGCUGCCAGUACUGCCGUCUGCUCAAGUGUCUGCAGAUGGGGAUGAACCGCAAAGCAAUCAGGGAGGAUGGCAUGCCAGGAGGGAGGAACAAAAGCAUUGGGCCUGUUCAGAUCACAGAGGAGGAGAUUGAACGGAUCAUGUCAGGGCAGGAGUUCAAGGAGGAUGCCCCAGAGCACACCUGGGGCAACAACGGCGACAGCGACCACAGCUCUCCCAGCAACGGUGCCUCUGAGGGCAACCAGCCGUCACCUGCCUCCACUCUGUCAUCCAAUCGCUCUGUGGAAAUGAACGGCUACACGGCAGCCCUCAGGGACCAGUACAUCAACACCUCCAUGUCCACACACUACCAGCUCCUGCCUCACCUGUUCAGCUACGCCGCCCAGUCUGGCCUGCUGGCCCCCCAGCCCCGCAGCCUCUACCCACAGUCCCACCCAUUGGUUCUGCAGCUGGUGGCUGCGGAAGACCUGGCCCCACUGGCCACUCCUAUGCUCAUAGAAGACGGGUACAAAGUGACACAGGUGGAACUGUUUGCCCUGCUGUGUCGCCUGGCAGAUGAGUUGCUCUUCCGCCAGAUCUCCUGGAUCAAGAAACUGCCGUUCUUCUGUGAGCUCUCCAUAGAGGACUACACCUGCCUCCUCAGCUCCACCUGGCAGGAGCUCAUCCUGCUCUCCUGCCUGACCAUCUACAGUGCCCAGAUCUUCGGAGACCUGGCUGAUGUCACUGCUAAGUACACACCUUCUGAUGACGAGUUGCAGGGCUUCAGUGAGGACGGGAUGGAAGUCAUGGAGAGGUUGAUAUAUCUGUUUCGCAAGUUCCACCAAUUGAAGAUCAGUAAUGAAGAGUAUGCCUGUAUGAAAGCCAUCAACUUCCUCAACCAAGAUAUCAGAGGACUGUCCAACACCUCCCAGCUUGAGCAGCUGAACAAGCGCUACUGGUAUGUGUGUCAGGACUACACUGAGUAUAAGUACCCGCACCAGCCCAAACGCUUCCCUGAGAUCAUGAUGUGUCUGCCGGAGAUCCGCUGCAUCGCAGGGAAGCUAGUGAAUGUCCCUCUGGAGCAGCUCCCCCUCUUGUUUAAAGCAGUCUUGCACUCCUGCAAAUCCAGCCUGACCAGCUACAGGACCGGCCCAUUGCCCUGUGUGAACACCUCCACCGGAAACUAGACCCCCCCUCCCUGACCCCCCGAGUCGAGGGAUUGGUCUCCCCUCUUGUGAAUGUGACAAGCAACUAGUUUGUUUUUUGUAACUUUUUUCUUUAUAUAUUUAUUACAUGACAGAGCUGAAUGUAUGCUGAUUUACACUGUGCACAUGCUUCUGUACAAAACAAAUGCUCAUAGAUGCAUUGGUCUUUGGAGUUUACAAGUGUGUAUCCAGUUUGCUCAAUGUGUCAGUGUUGCCAUUGUUAGAGCUAGACUUUAAAAGAGUUUAUUUUAUUCAGACGGGGGCAGAUAGACACGUGAUUAGUGUUUUGAGACUACCUCAGGAAGAUGUUAUGAUGUUAUGUAUUUUCAGGUACCUUUUCUGUUGUUAAAUGAAGAGUGGCCCAGUCUAAAACCAGAUCCCUGUGGAUGUUUUGGCACCUCAAUCAGAGGCUGAAUGUUCAUAGGGGCUUCAUAAAUCAAACAGUGUUUUGUUACACUGAAAAUGCAAAGUGAGUUAGUAAAACUGAGCUAUUUUAUCUGCAUGGUCUCCCAGAUGUCCUGCUAAUGGGAGGUGUUCUUGUCAAUUUAACAUUCCAUGAGUUAAGGUGACAGUCAUUGGAUCUGUGGGAUCUUCAUUGAAAAAGGAGCAUACGGGUAUUUUUUUACAAUCAUAGACUGGGGAUGUAAGGCUUUAUUGCAAGGGAAGAGGAGGAUAGCUAGGUUUGCUGUUUUAGUUUUAUUGUUUUUCCUUUUUUGACCAAAGUGUUAUGCAAUGCUUUUUUCAAACACCCAUUGAUGGGUAGGGAGCUGAUAGCUUCACAAAAAAUUCUUAUCAAUGAAGGAUCAGGAUAAGAAAUUAAUCAAUCUGUGUCAGAGGGGAGAACCCUCUGCUGGACAGAUCAGAUGAGUAUGUUGCCGGAUUUCAUUCUAAAUGCUGCUAAACAUGCACACAUUCUUAUGCACACAUAUAUGCAUAGAGCAGAUGUGAUUCCCAGUCUUUGCUUUUCCCUCUGCUUUUUGUCAGAUGGCUCGUUUAUUGGGCUCUGCUGCCUUCAGUGUCAGGAACUUGGUGCAUUGUAGCCUGCUUUUUACAACAUUUCAUCACCUAAAUUUAAGGUCCAUGAUACUGAUGUUUGGUUAGAAUUAUAGUCUGUAUAAUGUUGACUUCUUCAAUUUAUUCAGCGCAAGUGAGAGAUCUUGGGUCAGUAGAUGUAUACUUGACAUAACUGGAACUGACAACAACUGGAUCCAAAUGUGGACAGAGGUGGACAGUCAGCAUUCAUUACCUUUGGUUCAUAUGAAGAUGGCGUAGAACAUUAGCUUCUGUUAGCUUAUCCAGCUUUUAACCACUCUGCAAAACCCCAGAUUAAAAACCAAGUUUCAUUGGAAAUUAGACUGCUUUCAUGUCUUGUCAGGUCCAAUCAAAGUUUUGCACAGACCAAAGACUGGUAGCAGUUUAAGUUGAACCUGACUGCGAUCUGAGGGGCAUUUCAAACGGUGGACCUGAGACUUGGUUCAGGUCUGUUCCUCAGGGUUUUAGUGGGUGAGGUUGGCCAAGAAAUCAACAAAUGAAACUUCUUUCAUGGACUGGCUUCAAGUUUAUUCUCAACAAAAAGUUUGCAGAUUAUCACUUUAACCCAGAUAAAAGUGGAUUCAGUGUGAUUGAUAUGGGCCAGGUCUCAAUGAUUCUAGGCUAGGUUUAGAGAAUUUAGGUGACUUACCCCUGGCCUGCAUACCCUCUGUGACAGAUAUGCACAUUGUUUAAAAAAAAAGCCAUAGAAAAUGGUCUUUAUUUUUGAAGUAUGAGAUGAUCAUUUCUUGGAUUCUUCAAGUUUUUAGCCAUUUCAAGAUGUACGAACAAUUUUGAAAUGCAGGCAAAAUGCAGUCCUCGCAACGACUCUCUUUUUUGCACACGACGGUGAGGUUUGGAGACCUUGACCACUGACCUCAGCCACUGCCCACCCAGUGUGUUCCUCUCUCUCAGGUCCCUGCCGACCUGGAUCUAAACAGGGUAAAGUGAGUGUUAUGUAUUGCAUUCAGGAGUUCUUCAGUGGCCAUGCUGAUGUACUUGUAGUAUUAGUAGACAUAGGUUCCAGGACAUUGUAGGUCCUCUGUAGAAAAAAGUGUUUUUCUUUUCCAUUUUAUUUCUCCCAAGGUCCUUACCCCCCCCCACCCCACCCGCCCAACCCCACCCCUCUUCAUUCAGUGAAAGUGGAUGUAAUUUGAAGGUGAAGCAUGCAAUGUGGAUUUUUGUCUUGGCAUUGAUAAUGGGUGGAGCGCAAGACAGUGGCAUCUUCUGAAUGUCGUGGCUUCUCUCUCCUGUUUCCAUCCACCUCUCUGUGUGUAGCCUGUGUGUAGCCUUGCACACAUAUAUGCAUAGAGCAGAUGUGAUUCCCAGUCUUUGCUUUUCCCUCUGCUUCUUGUCAGAUGGCUCGUUUAUUGGGCUCUGCUGCCUUCAGUGUCAGGAACUUGGUGCAUUGUAGCCUGCUUGUUCCUCAUUCAAAUGUUCCAGUUAGCCUCUUUUCAUCUUUUGAUUUUUAUACAUUUUCAUGUACCUUUGUAGUUAUUGUGAAUGUUUGGGGGUUUUGUUGUUUUUCACUUUUUUUUGUUUGUUUUUUUUCCUUUGGUUUUGUUUUGUUUGUUUGUUUGUUUUUUUGAGUGGAGACAGCUCCUGAAAUUUUCUACAUUUUGAAUGAAUUCUUGACUUUUUUGGACAUGAUCAUUAAUAACACUAUGAAAAAAAGGUAUUACUCAGGCAAUGUCAGUCACGUUUUAUAUGGACAAUACUGACAUUUUGGAGUCUUUUAUGUAUUAUUUGAAUCAUUUUACAAUGCAAAGGGUAUGUUUUAGAGCUAUUGUUGGUUCUAAACUUGAAUUAAAUUACAUUCAUUUUCUACCAUAGUGUUCUCAGAGCAGCUUAGUCAGGUGUGUGGAGAAUAUCGUCUCCCUCCAUAUAGUGAAAUGUACAUCAAUCAUCACACAGGCUUAAAGGGUCAUUUUACCUACAUUACAACACAUGCAUUAAAAUAUUUUCUCACUCACCUCUGGUGGUGUGUCACCAUGAAGAUAGUUUUGGUUUUAUCUGCUGAAGUUUUAGGAUAUCCAUCUCUGAAAUUUCUUUAACCCUAGUACAGUGGACAUGGAUGGUAUUUAGUUUGUGGUGCUUACAUUACUAAAAAAAAUACAUUUAAAAUGUUCAACAUUACACAUUUCUACAGGAGAACUAUACUGACUAGUUUCUGUUUCUGUGUCACUGUGUUUUCAUUGGAACUACUUUCUAGCAAAGAAAUAGUCCCUCUGAAAACUGUCACCAUGAAGUGUUUUCUGUUAAUUACCUAGAGUGACAAGCAUGCUGUUUCUGAAAGGCUUUGGCUGAAUUUUCUACAUGUAAUCAGCUAGUUCUGUCAGCACUACACAGAUAUUUUAAAUACAGGGCAAAUAAACCCAUGACUAUCUGCAGGGCAGGACACCAAGUGAGAAAAUGUGUUUUUUGUCAUUUUGAUGAUCUGACCCUUUAAUUCACUUUUUCUCAGGGAUAGAAACAUUUAUGUAACAAAAAUCUGAGUGAUGAUCUAUCAUGUUAAAGGAAAAAUCCCCCUAAAUGCUUUACCACUGUACAGAAACUACAACAAUGAAACUUAGCAAUGAAAUUUUUUAGCUGCCAGGUUUUAGAGUGAGAAAGUAAAGAGAAAGUCUAAUGCUGCCAGUUUGCACUGAUGUUUAUCAGUCCCACCUCUCUGUACAGAAACAGUGAACAGAGAAAUGUAGGAUAGUGCUAACUACAGCAGAAGUACCAAAGAAAGGUUCAGGGUGGCCAACAACAAAGUCACUUCAUGUUAACUCCAGUAACUCCAGGAAUGCACUGAACAUCACAGACUGCUGAGAUCUGACGGUGGAAGAGGAUCUGAAGUGGGAUUUUUCCCUUCAAUGUAGCAGCAAAUGCUAAUCAACAUUUAAAAAAACUCACCACAGCUACCUUACUACCACUGCUCUGACUUCCUAACUGGUAUAUUUUGAUACAUAUGUGCUGAAGAAAGUGUUCUUUUUAUUUUCUGUAUUUGUAUUUUUUGCAGACAAGGGAUGUCAUUUGCAAUUUCUGUACUGAAACUACCUCUUUAUUUGUCAUCAUGUUACUUUCAUAUCGGUGAUUUUUUUUGUCUUAUUUAUUGGUUUCAUUGCACCAAUGUUCUGUU